AUGAGGUUGGGUGGUGCUUUGUUGUUGCUUGCAGCAGGAGUUGCUCAUGCCGCACGUGUCGAAUACUGGUGGAACAUCACUUACACUACUGCCAACCCGGAUGGUCUUUUUGAACGUCGAGUGAUUGGUGUGAACAAUACAUGGCCCCCACCGGUUCUUGAAGUCAACGAAAAUGACACUUUGGUGAUCCACACUCACAAUGGCUUGGAUGAACCCACUGCUUUGCACGCCCACGGCAUGUUCCAAAAUGGCACUGGAUGGAUGGAUGGUCCUUCCAUGGUCACUCAAUGCCCUAUUCCUGCUGGCAUGGAUUUCACUUACGAGUUCAACAUUACCCAACAUGGAUCCUAUUGGCUUCAUUCCCACUAUAUGGGACAAUAUAUGGAUGGUUUGCGUACUCCGCUUAUCUUGCAUCCUGCACAAGAAGCAUAUCAAUACGAUGAGGAUAUUUACGUUCCUAUUUACGAUUGGUACCAUGAACAAAGUUCUACAGGUCUUGACACAUUUUUGAAUGUCUACAACCCCACGGGUGCCGAGCCUGUUCCUCAAUCUGGUAUCAUUCGGGAUAAUGUCAACUCAACUUUCAAGUUUACCCCUGGCAAGACCUAUCGUCUUCGUCUCAUCAACAUGUCCGCCUUCUCGAUGUUUUAUGUCAGCAUUGAUGGCCACGACCUUGACGUUAUCGAAAUUGAUGGUGUUGAUACACAACGCAAGACCGUCAAGGAUGUUUAUCUUACAGCUGCUCAACGUGUAUCGGUCUUGGUAACAGCAAAGAACACCACCGACACCAAUUACUACUUCCACGCCGACAUGGAUACAGACAUGUUCGAUGUACUUCCAGAGGACCUCAAAUACAACCUCGUUUCGCCCGUGUAUUAUGACGAGAGCCAUUCCAACUUUGCUGAAAGUGAGGACGUCGGCAUGGAUUCCAAUUUCACUGAUAUCGAUUUGUAUCCUCUUCAACCUGCCGCUGCUGUUGAACCCGAUCAUCAGGUCAACCUGACAAUUGACUUCCAAGUGUGCACUGAUGGUAUCAAUCGAGGAAUGUUCAAUGGUUUACCGUAUUUGGCACCUAAGACACCUACUUUGAACACGAUGCUCUCGCAAGGCGAAUAUGCAAUGAGUCCCGAAGUGUAUGGACCCCAAUCUCGUGCCAUUGUUCUCAGUCAUUUGGACAUGGUUGAAGUCGUUUUGAACAAUUUGGAUGCUGGUGCACAUCCCUUCCACUUGCACGGUCACGUGUUCCAAAUUGUUGCACGUGGAGAGGGCGUUUUCGAUGGCAACCGAAGCAACGUUGACUGGGUACUCGAUAAUCCUGCUCAACGUGACACUGUUCAAGUAGAAGCUGAAAGCUUUGCCAUUAUUCGUUUCCGUGCCGAUAAUCCUGGUGCUUGGUUCUUCCACUGUCAUAUUGAAUGGCAUUUGGAGUCUGGUCUUGCUGUUGUUAUGAUCGAAGCUCCUGAUGUUGCCCAGCAACGAAUGACCUUGCCCGAUUCACUCAAGGAGUUGUGUACUGCAGGAGGUAUUUCAGCCACUGGUAACGGUGCUGGCAAAGAUGGCCUUGAUCUCAAGGGUGCACCCAGCGGCGUCACUCUUAUUUACGAUGGAUUUACUGCCAAGGGCAAGGGUGCUAUGGCUGCUUGUAUCAUUGCUGCUCUUAUUGGUAUGGGUACCAUUAUUUGGUUUGCCCUGGUUGAUCCUACAAAGAAGGCCAAGGAAAUCCAAGCAUCAAAGAUGCACUAG